AUGAACGUACGAGAUAUCACGCCUCAGAAUGUUUCAUCUGAAAAUGAAAUUCCACUAAAGACCAAUCCUCUUUAUAAAUUAAUUGAAACACAAGCAAAUCGGUUUGAAGAAUUUGGUAAUCAAAUGAAGUUACAAUUACAUACAUUAUAUCAAGAAUAUACCAAACAACGAGAUGAAACUUUGAAAAACAAUUUAAUCGAAUUUGAAAAAAUUGGAAAGAUGUAUCAAAAACAAAUUGAGUCUCAAUCAGAAUUAAUAGAUCAACUGAUAGUUCGUAUUGAAAAUUUAGAAAUUAGUUCAAAUAAAAAAGAUCAAGAUGUUGGAAAUCUUAAAGAAGAUUUUAAUAAUUUUCUUAAAUCGAAGAAAGAAAUCAAAGAUGUGGGAUUAAAGGAUGACGUUUUGGAACCUUCAAAGUCAAGCCAUGAGGAAUCAACAAAUAACUUCUCUUCAUGUUUCACAAAUAAUUAUAAUCUUUCAUCCCCCUCUUCUUUAAAAAUUAAUUCAUUUGAUCAAGAAAAUCAAGAAACUGUUUCCAAACUUGAACGGAUUCAUACCCAGCUUCAACAACUUGUCACACAAAAAGAAACCUUUGGUUUUAAAAUUAGGUUAAAACAUAUUAAAUCUUUUGUUCGCAAAAAUUCUUUUACGAGCGCGGAUUUAAUUCAAUAUACGAAAGCAAGUAAUUUUAAUUUACUAAAUGACGAAACUAAAAUUUUGAUAAAUCGUCUCAUCAAAGAAAUGUCAUCAAAUGAAAAUAAUACUAGAGAGUUGAAACAGCAUCACGCACAAAUGAUUACCGAAGAAAUUGAAGGUUCGAAUUUGGAAAAUAAUUUGGAAAACGAGAAUUUAAAACCUUCAAAGACAACCGAUGAUGAAUCAGCAUAUUACCUCUCUUCAUGUUUCUCAGAUAAUGAUAAUCUUUCAUCCUCCUCUUCUUUAAAAAUUAAUUCAUUUGAUCAAGAAAGUCAAGAAACUGUUUCCAAACUUGAACGGAUUCAUACCCAGCUUCAACAACUUGUCACACAAAAAGAAAACCUUGGUUUAAAAAUUAGGUUAAAACAUAUUAAAUCUUUUGUUAACGAAAAUUCUAUAACGAGCGCGGAUUUAAUUCAAUAUAUGAAAAAAAGUAAUUUUAAUUUACUAAAUGACGAAACUAAAAGAUCUAUAUAUCUUCUCGUCGAAGAAAUGUUGUCAGAAUAUGAAGAUAUUAUUACAAAUGAAGGUAAUACAACAAAUGAAAAUAAUGCAUCAAAGUUGGAACAACUUCACGCGCAAAUUAUUAUCAAAAGUAAAAUUAGAGGUAAAAGUAUUAAAAGAAAAGAUCUUACUUUUCUAUGUAGACCCUCUAAAUUUAAUAUUUUAAUUCCUUAUACAAAAACUCUUUAUUUCGAUUCUUUAAGUAAAAAAAUUAAAUAUUUUUUAAAUAUUAUUAUUAAUGACGAAUUACAAAAAGAAUUAAUUCCGCUAGAAUUGAAGCUUUCUCAAAAUUUAGAAGAAUACAUUAAAAGAGAUUUGAUUCCACCAUUACCAGCAGGAUAUGAUAGUUACGCUGAGUAUAAAAAUAGUGAUAUUUUUCGUUCCUUAUCCAUAAGCCAAAGAUGGAAAGUUAGUAAAUUAGUUAAGUUUCAAGAGGAAAAGAUAAAAAUUGACGAGCAAAUAAAGGAAGAUUUAGCAAAGGAUGUUUUGAUUUUGGAUGGAAAAGAAUUCAAAUUUAUAAGUUAA